AUGGCCAGCUUCUGCAAACACCUUGAAACCUUCCAGGCUUCAACUGUGUGGGGCAUUUGUACUAUUGUAUUGCAUUUACCAAGGCAUGGAGAAAAAAAGGCUUUCAUGGCAUUCAGUAAGGGCAGUGCUACAGGUUACAAUUGCUGCUGGUGCUCUUCUGCAGCAAAUAAAUUCAUGUGGAAGUACAACAUGCAUGUACAUAUGUGUCUGGGGAAACCUGGUUGUAUAUAUAUGUGUGUGUUUGUUUCUAUAAGUUGCAGAAGAGAACAUGGCUAUCCCCACAGCAGUCAUGACGUGUUGCAUUGCCCUUAG